GAGGAGGAGGAGGUAUAAAUGCAGCAGAGGGGACAGAAGCUGCUGCAGUCAAACAUGUUUCUCCUCCUCCUCAGGACGUCUGCUCUCGCUCUGCUCCUCGGCCUCAGCGCCGCUAACGGGACGUCCCAGAGAGGACUCAACGCCGCUGAUUGGACGUCCCAGAGAGGACUCAACGCCGCUGAUUGGACGUCCCAGAGAGGACUCAACGGCGCUAACGGGACGUCCCAGAGAGGACACACCUGCCGGGAGGAGAUCCACUCCAAGCUGCUCCAGGACCUUCGGCGCCUAACCAAACAGCUGAUCAACAAGCUGCCGGAAAAAGAGAAAUACUUGAGGGGACAGAGACUUCUGCCCAAGUUCUGCACCAAAUGUUCUGAGCAUGUGAUUGGCUGGCUGGAGAUGCGGGAAGUGAUGGACGUGUACCAGAGGAGUGUGUUCAGCAGAGAGGUGGUCCAGGAGCUCUUCCCCAUGCACUACAACAACCUGCUGUACCGGCUCCAACACACACUGCAGCACUGUGUUUCUUCCUCUAAACCUUCAAAAUGGUUCAAAACCAUCAAUAACCUGGAAAGAAAAAUGAAAAAGAGGAGGAGAGACCAGACAGCGCUGAAGGCCGUCGGAGAGUUCACCUACGUCCUCCGAUGGAUCGAUGAGCUGGCUCAGCACCACAUCCUGUAGAUCUUCAUCAUCUUCCUCAUCUUCAUCACCUUCGUCAUCGUCAUUAUCAUCAUCUUCUGUUUUUAUUUUGAAAAUCUGUUUGUUUUUGUUUUUCUAAAUGAGUUAAAAUUAGAUUUUUGCAGCACAAACUUUUUUUUUUUUUAUUUAUAUUUUUUUUACCUUAUAUUUUACCAGGAAUAUUCCCAUUGAGCGAGUCUGGGCCGAGACAGCAGCACAAAAAGUUUCAACGUAAAAAACAAACAAACGACGGACUUAGACAGCAAAUUACAUCAAACAAUCAAUGAUCAGAGUUCAGAAACAGGACAUGUGCAUUCAGUGGUCAGAAAGUCACUUAAUCCUGUUUUUAAAAUCACCCAUGCUAUUAAAAUAAUCUAGUUUAAGGUAGUUUAUAUCCACGUAUAUACAGUAAGUUCCACUUCCAGGAUUGCUUUGUGUUGGCUCCGGUGGAUUUGUGAGGACUAUGGUU